GCUCCCUCGAAGGGGGCGGGCUCCGCUUCGCUCGAGGCCGCGCCAUUGGCUGCUUCCCGAAGCCGUCCCCGCUGAUUGGCUGAGCGGAGGGGGGCAGUGGGCGUGCCGGGCGCUUCCAGUCAGGUGCGGACGCCGCUGACAGAGGCAGGCGGAGGCGGCCGCCUCCUCCUCCUCCUCCCGCGCUUCUCCUUCCCCAGCACCCGCCAGCCUGGGGAGAUGGGGCGGCCGGAGCCUCGGCCCUGAGGGGAAGGCGCCAAGGAACGGGCCGGCGGAAGGGCGGGGCUCUGGCGGAAGGGGCGGGGCGCAGGUAAGGAGGGGGCGGGGCUUGGGGUUGAGUGACAGGCGCUCCAGGAAGGGGGCAGGAGGGGGGUCUCUGGAGGGGCUCUGCCUUGCUGGGUCGCCUCCCCGCUCCCCGCCUCAGAAUAGGCCGGCCUAACCCAGAACCCUGCUCCAAAUCCCCACCCCAGGGGGAAGGCUGCAGGUACACUGCCUCUGGGUAUGGAGGCUCCAUGGGAAGGGACCCCGAGGGUCAUCUAGUCCAACCCCCCCUGCCAUGAAGGAAUCUCAGCUAAAGGCAUCCCUGACAGGGAUUUCCUCUGCUGGGAAAAGGAGGGAGAGGCCACCACACCCCCGGGGGAGAGCCUCCCACUGUUGAAAGGAUCUUGCCAACCGAAAGGAGGUCCCUUCAUCGUGAAAAAAGGGGGGAGGGGAAGACCAGCCAGUGAACUCGUCACCCAUAACAGGAAAGGUCCAGGCAAUUCAACAGUUGGUGUGUGAGCACUGGUAAAGGUAAAGGGACCCUUGACCAUUAGGUCCAGUCCUGACCGACUCUGGGGUUGCGGCGCUCAUCUCGCUUUAUUGGCCGAGGAGGCCGGCGUACAGCUUCCAAAUCAUGUGGCCAGCAGGACUAAGCCGCUUCUGGCGAACCAGAGCAGCGCACGGAAACGCCGUUUACCUUCCCGCCGGAGCGGUACCUAUUUAUCUACUUGCACUUUGACAUGCUUUUGAAGUGCUAGGUUGGCAGGAGCAGGGACCGAGCAACGGGAGCUCACCCCGUCAUUGCGGGGAUUCGAACCGCCGACCUUCUGAUCGGCAAGUCCUAGGCUCUGUGGUUUAACCCACAGCGCCACCCGCGUCCCACUGGACUGCCCCGUAAUUCAAUGGAAAAUUCUAUGUCCUGUACCUCCAGAUGUUGGUGAACGGCAUCUCCCGUCAGCCCUGGUAAGCAUAGCCAAUGGCCAAGGUUGGUGGGUGUGAUGGCAGCUGCAGUUCAGCAACACCUCGAAGACCAAAGUCCUCUGUACCUCUUGUGGCAGUGAAUGCUCUGCAUUACUUUAACAUUGUGUGAAGUAGAAGUGGCGGCGAGGGGGUGCUUUAGCCAAGGAAGAAGAUGGCUGGGAGCCCUGAGCUGUGUUAGAAACUCAGGUGUAUAAACUAGGUGCCAAAUGGCUCCUUAAACCAAGGUUACAGUUGCCAAAACAGAAUAUAUACUUGUCAUUUUGCGGCAAGACCGCAAAGGUCUUAUUUUUCAAAUGAUGGACUGACUCUGACUGAAUAUCAGUUAAACAUCUGGCUAGUUCAGAUGACAACCUUGAGCUAGGUAUAGAAGAAAAGUCACUUGAUCCAGGGACAGUCCACAUACCGUAUUUUUCGCUCUAUAAGACGCACCAGACCACAAGACACACCUAGUUUUUGGAGGAGGAAAACAAGAAAAAAAAUAUUCUGAAUCUCAGAAGCCAGAACAGCAAGAGGGACCACUGCGCAGUGAAAGCAGCAAUCCCUCUUGCUGUUCUGGCUUCUGGGAUAGCUGCGCAGCCUGCAUUCGCUCCAUAAGACGCACACGCAUUUCCCCUUACUUUUUAGGAGGGAAAAAGUGAGUCUUAUAGAGCAACAAAUACGGUAUAUAUUGGCCUAUCCUGACCUCUUUUUCUUAAUAGUAGGGACACGGACCAUUCAUAACUUAAGAAUAACUUAAGAAACUGUGAGCAGGGCAGUGGGGUGGGGUAAGUGAAGACAGGCGACAACAAUUAGCUAUGACGUUGUUCACUGGUCCUGCUCAGGCUGCGCAGAAAAAGCGUUUUGGUUCCUGAAAUCCAUUCUGAUUGUGCAGAUAUAACGGAUGCAAUUCUACAGGAUGGGGCAUGAGUGUGUGGAAACGGUCCAGAUCCAAGGAUCCCCAGGCAUGCGUCUUCACAUGGUGUCAGGCUCCAUCCUGGUCCCCAGGCAUCUUCACUUGGUUGCAAGUAGCUGACAGUUGGGUGCAAAAUUGCGCCUGGCGCCUGGCUAAUUUCAAACACUGCUGCAGCCUCACUGAUCUUCAUCUUGGGAGGAAGAGCGGGAUGUAGAUUAAAUAGAUAAAAGACUGCCCUUAUGCCUUUGGGGCUGUUUUUAGGGAGGGAAUGACCCCCAAACUUUGUGUGCACUGCUUAGGAACACUGGAAAUUGCCUUAGAGUGAGUUAGGCUACUGGUCCAUCUUUGAUAUCCAUCUGGGAGCCCAGAGAUUGCUUGUGGUUGUGGGCCAAAUGGCAAGUGUUGAUGUUGACAUAUAUAUAUAUAAUGUCCGCUAACCCAGAAAUAGUGCUUCAGGUUAAGGACUUUGUUUCAGGAUGAGAACAGAAAUUGUGCUCCGGCGGUGCGGCGCGGCGCGGCGGCAGCAGGAGGCCCCAUUAGCUAAAGUGGUGCUUCAGGUUAAGAACAGUUGCAGGUUAAGCACGGACCUCCGGAACGAAUUAAGUACUUAACCUGAGAUACCACUGUAUUCAAAAGCUACAGUACAUUUACAGUAUGAUACAUUUUCAAUCAAUAUAUAUCUGGAAGGCUUCUUGAAUACUCGUCUGUAUCAUGGAAGAAGCAUCCCAAUACUUUUCUUGUAAAAUGGAUUGCUGGAAAGCUUAAGAAUUUUGUUAUUCAUUUAAUAACUUUCAAGUCUGUGAAGUAAGAGCAUUGCUCGGGCUUGUUAAGUCUGCACAGAAGUUCUGUUUGGUCGGUUGCUCUGAUCCUGAUUUUGCAUAUGCAUUGAGUUGGUUAGAGCAUGGGUGCUGACAACAUCCGGGUCAUGGGUCUGAUCCCCUUACGGGUGCAUAUUCCUGCAUUGGAGGGGGUGGAACUAGAUGACCCAUGGGGUCCCUUCCAACUCUCUCAUCUAUGAACUCUCCCAAUGGCUGUGAGAAAAUUGUGCAGUACCGGUGUGGUGUACUAGUUAGUGCCCUAGUCUAGAUUGAGCUUGGGAGACCUCCAUCUAGUUCAAAUUCUCAGUUAGUUCACUGGUUGACUUUGGGCAGUUGCUGUCUCUCAGACCUGCCUCCCAGGGUUGGGAGGGUGACACUGGGUGACACUGUCAGUUCCAUAGAGGAAGUGCUAAAGGUAAAGUUAAAGGGGCCCCUGACCAUUAGGUCCAGUCGUGAUCGACUCUGGGGUUGCGGCACUCAUCUCGCUUUACUGGCCGAGGGAGCCGACGUACAGCUUCCGGGUCAUGUGGCCAUCAUGACUAAGCCGCUUCUGGCGAACCAGAGCAGCGCACGGAAAUGCCGUUUACCUUCCCACUGGAGCAUUACCUAUUUAUCUACUUGCACUUUGACGUGUUUUCGAACUGCUAGGUUGGCAGGAGCAGGGACUGAGCAACAGGAGCUCACCCUGUUGUGGGGAUUCGAACCGCCGACCUUCUGAUCAGCAAGCCCUAGGCUCUGUGGUUUAACCCACAGCGCCACCCGUGGAAGUGCUAGGAUAGCACUUUUAACAGCCGUGGCUUCUCCCUAAAGAACCCCGGGAACUGUAGUUUGUUAAGGAUGCUGAGAGUGGUUAGGAAAGAAACCGCCCCCCCCCACCCCAUGUCCUCUCACAGAGCUACAAUUUCUAGAUUGGUUUACCAGUCUCUCUUCCCAGGAACUUUGGGGAUUGUAAAUACAGUUCUCAGAAUUAUUCGGGAGAAGCUAUAACCGUGCUUUAGAUGUGUGCUGUGGCUUUAGAUGUGUGCUGUGGCCGAACUGUAAGGAGGAUAUGACUGUCAUUUAGGGUUGCCAUAUUUUAGGAGGUGAAAAUCCGGACACAAAAGUUGUUGAGCUUUUCUCCCUGCAAACAGAAUAAAUACAUUUUCAGCAAACAGAAUAAAUACUUCCGAUAAGGAAGUACAGCAGCCCUAUUUGUGCAAUGAAAAGAUAUUUCCCUCGCUGUUCCUCAACAGCUUUUUAUGAACAAGAUGUCCCUAAGACGUUAAUUCUGCUAUCGGUUAGUUUUUAUCCAUGGCAGUGUGAACUGGAGUUCUCUAAAUACUGCAAGGGGACAUGGGUGGCGCUGUGGGUUAAACCACAGAGCCUAGGACUUACCGAUCAGAAGGUCGGCGGUUCGAAUCCCCGUGACGGGGUGAGCUCCCGUUGCUCGCUCCCUGCUCCUGCCAACCUAGCUGUUCUAAAGCACGUCAGAGUGCAAGUAGAUAAAUAGGUACCGCUCCGGCGGGAAGGUAAACGGCGUUUCUGUGCGCUGCUCUGGUUUGCCAGAAGCGGCUUAGUCCUGCUGGCCACAUGACCCAGAAGCUGUACGCCGGCUCCCUCGGCCAAUAAAGCAAGAUGAGCGCUGCAACCCCAGAGUCGGUCACAACCGGACCUAAUGGUCAGGGGUCCCUUUACCUUUAAAUACUGCAAGAACCAGCCCCUGCUCGCCUGAGAGUUGCGUUUGCUUUGUACAUGGGCUCUUGCAGGCAUUUGAAACACUCCAGUUAACCAGCUCCUCAUUGCUGCGGGCGACUUCACCAGGCGGCGGCGACAGAUCUGCCGGGGACCUUUGCCCUAUGCCAUUUUUGUGUGCUGGCGAGGGAAUGGCCUGAGAGAGAGAGGCAGGAGAAGCGUUCUGGAUUUUCCAUGUUUAAAACGAUGAGGUGGAAAACCUUUUGGAACCAGUAGGCACUCCCUGCCUUUGCCGUGGUUCCAGGAGUAGCCAGGAACCUGGGAUUUCCCCAGCGCGGGCUGAGAAGCAAAGACCCGAGGGAAGGUAGAAAGGCGGAUUGCGGAUGUCCGGGUGAGCUGAAGAUGGCAGAAGCAUUAGGAACUCAGAUAUAUAAGCUAAUCGCCGAACGGCACCUUAAACCUACAGUUGCCGCAAUUAGGGGCCAUUUCCCCCCAAAUGGAGUGUGUCGUGGUGGUUAUUAUUAUUAAUUUCUAUUCUAUACCACGUUGUAUUUUAAAGUGGGGGCAGGGGGAGGAAUAUCUCCAAGCUGUUCACAGCCCAUUAGAGCAUCAAAGAAAACAACCCAGAAUGAAAUGAAUCCAAGCUUCCGGGAAAAUAUUUCAGAUUCUUUUCUAAGUGACAUUCCGCUUUCUCCAUAUUUUUUUUACCUAUUGAUUAAUUUAUAGAGCUUGUCCCAUAGCGGGAGGACUCUAAAGGGCCAGUGCGGCGUAAUGGUUAGAGUGACGGACGAGGGCCUGGGAGAUUGGGGUUCGAAUCCCCACUCCCAUCAUGAAGCUCAGUGGAAUUUGUGGGAAAGCUUAAUUAUGUUUAUGGACCCGACUAGACGUAAGAUGCAUUUUAAAAAAAUAAAAUAAAAUGAAUAGGGCCCAAUGGAAACUGGUUCUGAUAACUAACUGGAUUGGAGCAGGCAGAAGUGUAGGGUGGGAGUUAACCCUUUACUCCCUUGCUGUGCAACCAGCUCCUUCGAAGCUGCUAUUUGCAUUGGAAGGAUAUGCUACACAAUUCACAGUUCCAGCCCCCCCCCAUACCUGCUACUUUAGGAUAACCCUUGGUGAAGUAGAAUCAUAGAAUCAUAGAGUUGGAAGAGACCACAAGGGCCAUCGAGUCCAACCCCCUGCCAAGCAGGAAACACCAUCAGAGCACUCCUGACAUAUGGUAGCCUGCGGUCUACAGAAGUCCAUGGCACAAUAAACUGGUAAAGUCUUUAAGUUGCCACAAUAUUCUUCGUUGCUUUUCCCUUGGGGCUGCGCAACACACAUCUUAAGAGGAAAAGAAGACUUCAGGGUGUGCGUUUUGAGAAUGCAUAGGCAAAGUUAUUCUCCCUCACUCCUGAGAAGAGCUUGCGCUCAGCUGGUUGUGGGACCAGUUUCACGCUGGGUAAGUUUUAAGGGAUGUUGCCUUCCUUGGGUCGGGUGCUUAGAAAUCAACCAAAUGAAAAGGGAGGAGCUGUUCCCUGUUUUAUUAUCCAAGCGGCUGCUUUUCAGAAUGAUGAAGACCACAAAGGCAGCUCAUUUUUCCAGGAACAGUCCUUCCUUCCUGGACAUUUGCUGACCGAUGCAGGACGCAUGCAUUUCUUGAACAAUGGGGAUCCUCUUGGGAGAUGUUCCCCCGCCUUUUUGUUCUGUAAUUAACUAAGACAUAAAUAGAAAGUCCGCUGAGUAUGUUGUCCGUCUCCUCCCCUGCGCCACACACACAUUGCAUUCCUUCAUCUUCUUCGAAACCGUGUUGUUGCUAAUAUGUCAUGUUUGUGAGAAUCUAGGGCCUGCACAAAUGCACAAUAGGAUGUGUGUGAUUUCCCUUGACGUGCUUGGAUAGCUUGGUUGGUUAGACGUUAGAGCAUGGUGCCGAUAACACUAAGGUUGGAGGUUCGAUCCCUAAAAAGGACAGAGCUCUGCGUAUUCUUGUACAGUCGUACCUUGGAAGCCAAAUGCAUUGGCUCCCGAACAAAUCGGUUCCUGAACGAUCGAAACCCGGAAGUGAGUGUUCUGCUGCUGCCAAUCGGAAGCCGCGCUUUGGUUUUCGAAUGGUUCCGGGAGUCAAACGGACUCCCAGAACGCAUUCUGUUCGAAAACCAAGAUACCACUGUUAUCCUUCCUUUCAGCUCUAUGAUUCUUUUUGAUAGUUUAUACAGGCCUCACUUGGGACGUGGGUGGCGCUGUGGGUUAAACCACAGAGCCUAGGACUUGCCGAUCAGAAGGUUGGCGGUUCGAAUCCCCGCAAUGACGGGGUGAGCUCCCGUUGCUCGGUCCCUGCUCCUGCCAACCUAGCAGUUCGAAAGCACGCCGGUGCAAGUAGAUAAAUAGGUACCACUCUGGCGGGAAGGUAAACGGCGUUUCCGUGUACUGCUCUGGUUCGCCAGAAGCGGCAGUCAUGCUGGCCACAUGACCCGGAAGCUGGAUGCCGGCUCGCUUGGCCAAUAAAGCGAGAUGAGUGCCGCAACCCCAGAGUCGGCCACGACAGGACCUAAUGGUCAGGGGUCCCUUUACCUUACAGGCCUCACUUAUGGUCAUUUGUCAUUUUAAGAUUGCCAGUGUCUCUUUUUCUCCAUUUUGCCUUGAAUGAGACACGGAAGCUGAAGAAAGUCUCCUUUUUGUCUCCUGGAUGACCCAUUCACAGAGCAUCUCAGCCUCUGGUCCCCAGGCGUCCUCCCACUGACCUGACUGCAUUGUGAUUAGAUGGACCAUGUUACCCGUCAAUCAAGAUCCAUCUGAGCCAGCAACUCUUAAAAGGAGCAUUGAUGCCAUAGAGUCUCUUGACCAGGGAUAUGCAAACUCAGCCCUCCAGAUGUUUUGAGACUACAACUCCCAUCAUCCCUGACCAAUGGUCCUGUUAGCUAGGGAUGAUGGGAGUUAAUAGAAUCAUAGAAUCAUAGAAUCAUAGAGUUGGAAGAGACCACAAGGGCCAUCGAGUCCAACCCCCUGCCAAGCGGGAAACACCAUCAGAGCACUCCUGACAUAUGGUUGUCAAGCCUCUGCUUAAAGACCUCCAAAGAAGGAGACUCCACCACACUCCUUGGCAGCAAAUUCCACUGUCAAACAGCUCUUACUGUCAGGAAGUUCUUCCUAAUGUUUAGGUGGAAUUGUGGAGUUGUAGUCCCAAAACAUCUGGAGGGCCAGGUUUGCCUAUGCCUGUUCUUGACCUUUAACGCUGCUAUUUUACACUCAGUUGUAAGUAAUCGCAGCAGGGGUGAUUCACAGAUGGUAUUUAACUCUGAGUAGGCUUGCUGAGAUGUAUAAGACUGAAUCAGAUUAGUGCUGGAGGUGCAAAGAGGUUGAGGGAAUGUUCUUUCAUAAAAGGGUAAAAGAGUGCUGGGAAAUGAUCCAUAAUGAAUUGAGAAAAAAUGUUUAAAAGUACUUCCCCCCCCCAAAAAAAACCAGUCUUUUCUGUUGGGCAUCAUUCAGACUCAAAUUCCCAGGGGUCAAAAAAUGUAUGCUACUACUGUGGCCCGUGUUUCAUUAGCCAAAAAAUGGGAAAUGAGUGAAGUCCCAAUCAAAGAAGAAUGGCAACUUAAGUGGACAGAAUAUGUGCAGCUUGCAGACUUAAUAUAUAGAAUAAGAGAACAAGAAGAACAUACAUUUAGAGAAGACUGGGAAAUGUUUAUUGAAUAUAUGGGAAAUAACGGUGUACAGCUGAAAACUCUGGCAGCAUUCAGAUAAAUUCAACAGUGUAAAAAAGCUUUGAUGGAUGUAAUAAUUGAAUACUGAACGGUUUAGUUUUUGUAAAAUAUGCAGGGAUUUAUGAUAUGUAAAAUGAACCACGGGAAGAGAAGAAGGGAAGUCACUGAUAUCUUAAGGAUGUAAAAUUGGGUACUUUUGAUUGUAAAACAGAAAAUUUCCAACUGAGCAGCAAAGCGACAAGCCGCGAGUUGUAUCGGGCCUGACUUUGACCAGCGCUUUCUGUCUCUUCCUCAGGCCUACCAUGAUUCUGCUCUCCGGCUGCUGAUGCCAGCGCAUCCUCGGUUGCCAUGACAACGGGCGACUGCUGCCACCUCCCGGGCUCGCUGUGUGACUGUCCGGGCAGCGCCGCGUUGUCCAAGUCGGUGGAAGAUUCCGACUUUGGGCGUCCUCAGUACGUCACCCAAGUCACGGCCAAGGACGGACGGCUGCUCUCGACUGUCAUCAAAGCCCUGGGGACGCAGAGGUGAGGCCGAGGUGCCCCGGGCUUGCGAUGGAUUGGUCCGGGGAUGUGAGCCUGGGUAGCCGGCAAGAGGCUAACCAGGGCUGCAUCAAUAGGAGUAUAGCAUCUAGAUCAAGGGAAGUAAUAGUGCCACUGUAUUCUGCUCUGGUUAGACCUCACCUGGAGUACUGUGUCCAGUUCUGGGCACCACAGUUCAAGAAGGACACUGACAAACUGGAACGUGUCCAGAGGAGGGCAACCAAAAUGGUCAAAGGCCUGGAAACGAUGCCUUAUGAGGAACGGCUAAGGGAGCUGGGCAUGUUUAGCCUGGAGAAGAGGAGGUUAAGGGGUGAUAUGAUAGCCAUGUUCAAAUAUAGAAAAGGAUGUCACAUAGAGGAGGGAGAAAGGUUGUUUUCUGCUGCUCCAGAGAAGCGGAUACGGAGCAAUGGAUCCAAACUACAAGAAAGAAGAUUCCACCUAAACAUUAGGAAGAACUUCCUGACAGUAAGAGCUGUUUGACAGUGGAAUUUGCUGCCAAGGAGUGUGGUGGAGUCUCCUUCUUUGGAGGUCUUUAAGCAGAGGCUUGACAACCAUAUGUCAGGAAUGCUCUGAUGGUGUUUCCUGCUUGGCAGGGGGUUGGACUCGAUGGCCCUUGUGGUCUCUUCCAACUCUAUGAUUCUAUGAUUGUAGGGGUGUCCUUUGACCCCGAAGAGUCGAGUUCAGUUUAGAGUCAAAGAAGCAGAAAGCCUUUUAGUGAUGGCUGGGAGAUAGGGAGGGUCAGAGUUGGAAGGACACCUGCAAAAACAUAAUGAUACGCAAGUCUGUGCCUCCUCCUGUUACCCACUUAAAACAGCCUUUUAUUCAGAGGACUGGAAUCCUACAUAGUUUGAGCAGUGUUAGAAACUCAGAUAUAUUAGCUAACCGCCAAAUGGCACCUUAAACCUAGGUUGCGGUUGCCACAGCUGGUUGUCUAGGCACUUCUUUUUGGCACCUUAAACCUAGGUUGCGGUUGCCACAAUGGAAUGUCUAGGUAGCAUUUUUUCCCCCAGUGAAGAAGAAGAAGAAUUAAUUUCAUAUUUAUACUGCUUUGUAAGGGGCGCAGGUGGCACUGUGGGUUAAACCACAGAGCCUAGGGCUUGCCGAUCAGAAGGUUGGCGGUUCGAAUCCCUGCGACGGAGUGAGCUCCUGUUGCCCGGUCCCUGCUCCUGCCAACCUAGCAGUUCAAAAGCACGAAGUGCAAGUAGAUAAAUAGGUACUGCACCGGCGGGAAGGUAAACAGCAUUUCCGUACGAUGCUCUGGUUCGCCAGAAGCAGCUUAGUCAUGCUGGCUACAUGAUCCAGAAGCUGUACGCCGGCUCCCUCGGCCAAUAAAGCGAGAUGAGCGCCACAACCCCAGAGUCGUCCGUGACUGGACCCAAUGGUCAGGGGUCCCUUUACCUAUACCGCUUUGUAUUUUAAAGAAAGCCUCAAAGCAGUUUAAAAUAUCAAGUAAAACAAUGCAGAAUUAAACGAAAUCAAGCUUAAAGGGAAAUGUUUCAGAUCCUUCUCUAAGGGACAUUUUGCUUUCCCCCCAUACCUAUUUACCCACUCAAUCUAAAGAGCUGCCCCAUAGCCGAAGUGCUCUAGUAAACAAACCCUUCUGCUGACUUGCUUAAGUAAGCUGGAGGGGCCAGCCAGAUAGAGAUGUCAGCCGCCAGCCUAGCACUCAGAGAUCUCUGUGUGGUCACGAUUGGACCCGCGCCAGGGCCAGGACAUGCCUGGCGACUGGGGAAUUUCUAGCAUAAAUCCCUUGAGAAAUCCCUUCCAGAGAAGCGGACACGGAGCAAUGGAUCCAAACUACAAGAAGAAGAUUCCACCUAAACAUUAGGAAGAACUUCCUGACAGUAAGAGCUGUUUGACAGUGGAAUUUGCUGCCAAGGAGUGUGGUGGAGUCUCCUUCUUUGGAGGUCUUUAAGCAGAGGCUUGACAACCAUAUGUCAGAAGUGCUCUGAUGGUGUUUCCUGCUUGGCAGGGGGUUGGACUCGAUGGCCCUUGUGGUCUCUUCCAACUCUAUGAUUCUAUGAUUCUAAGAAAGGAUGCAACUCGGAUGUUGUGUUCAGAAGCACGGGUUGAGUUCCCAGCGUCUCCACGUACGGUGGGAAGAAUCUCCCUGUCUAGAUCCCUGCGGGGCGAGCCACUGCCAGACAGUGUAGCUAGACAGACCAAAGGUCUGACUCUGCAGAAGGCAACUUCCUGUGUUUCUUCCUCUGCUGGAACGACUUAUCUGUGGCUCUUUCCUGUUAGUCCGACUCACUCGCCCCCUGCACACAAUCUCUCCAGACACCCUUUGUGAUGCUUCGGCUGCUGCCUGCUGGAAUUUAUCUCACAUUCUCGGGUAGAACACAAAAAGCGGAAUGCCCAUCUGUCCAAGUUGACCGGGGGGGGCGCUCCCUACAUACAGUGGUACCUCGGGUUACAUACGCUUCAGGUUACAUACGCUUCAGGUUACAGACUCCGCUAACCCAGAAAUAGUGCUUCAGGUUAAGAACUUUGCUUCAGGAUGAGAACAGAAAUCGUGCUCCGGCGGCGCGGCGCCAGCAGGAGGCCCCAUUAGCUAAAGUGGUGCUUCAGGUUAAGAACAGUUUCAGGUUAAGAAUGGACCUCCGGAACGAAUUAAGUACUUAACCCGAGGUACCACUGUACUGUGUUCUGUGAAGUGGGACUAUUGUCCUUUGUUCCUUUUCUCUUUGCUGUCUGAUGAGAAAGAGGAAAGAGCUAAGUCAGAAUGCUCCAAGUGUAUUAUAUGUAAAUAAAAGUAGAUUAGCCAAAAUGCUGUGCUACUGAGUUCUGUUACGCAAACUGCCAAUACUGCAGGAUCGUAAGUGUUCUGAUGCCUCUAGGUAUCAGUCGCUGUGAUGUUUGGGCUGAAGAAAGCUUUUGAAGCUCCCGAACGAUCGACCAGGAGGGAGAGAACAUGCCAAUCGGGCAUGUGUCUCUGCCAGAGUCCUACACACGAGUAGAACGAGCCUAACCGGAACAGAGGCAGGAAGGAUAACCAUGUCAGAUCACUAACUCCUUGAAAUACAAUUUUUCUUCCGGAUAGCUUGCCCAUACACACUUUCCCCACCCCGGUCUUCUGAAAGUGGCUGAAGCCCCCUUCUCUUUUGCCUUCUCCUCGCAGCGAUGGCCCAAUCUGUCGAAUCUGCCACGAAGGCGGAAGCGGAGAAGGCCUGCUCUCGCCCUGCGAUUGCACGGGCACCUUGGGGACCGUCCACAAGAGCUGCCUGGAGAAGUGGCUUUCCUCCUCCAACACGAGCUACUGCGAACUGUGCCACACCGAGUUUGUCGUGGAGCGGCGGCCCAGGCCCCUGAUUGAGGUGGGUUGCGCCUCCCUCACUUGCCGCAGGGCACGAUCUCCAGGCUAGAGGUUUUGAGUGGGAAAGAGAACGACAAAUCAGUUUCUUUGGAACACUUGCAUUUCGCUCUAUAAGACGCACCAGACCAUAAGACACACCUAGACCAUAAGACACACUGUGAAAGCAGUGAUCCCUCUUGCUGUUCUGGCUUCUGGGAUAGCUGCGCAGCCUGCAUUCGCUCCAUAAGACGCACACACAUUUCCCCUUACUUUUUAUAGAGCAAAAAAUACGGUAAUUUAUAAUAAUUUUCUUUUAUUCUCAUAGACAACAUUUUCAACGUGCGAUUCUUUCCCCUUCAUUCUGACAAAUUAAUCCCCCUCUGUCUUUUCCUUCCUUCUGUCCAGUGGCUGAAGGACCCCGGCCCACGCAACGAGAAACGGACGCUGUUCUGCGACAUGGUGUGUUUCCUUUUCAUCACCCCGCUGGCUGCCAUCUCCGGCUGGCUUUGCCUCCGCGGUGCCCAAGACCACCUGCAGUUCAAUAGCCGCUUGGAGGCCAUUGGCCUGAUUGCCCUGACCAUAGCACUUUUUACCAUCUAUGUCCUUUGGACACUGGUGAGUGGUCACGCCCGCUUUCCUUCUCGGGGUUCUUCUUACACUAAAUCAGUCUGCUCCUCCUCCUUACUAUUAUUUGGGGGCAGGUUAUGGGUCAGUGAUAGGGAUGUGGGUGGCGCUGGGGGGUUAAACCACAGAGCCUAGGCCUUGCCGAUCAGAAGGUCAGCGGUUCGAAUCCCCGUGACGGGGUGAGCUCCCAUUGCUCGGUCCCUGCUCCUGCCAACCUAGCAGUUCGAAAGCACGUCAAAGCGCAAGUAGACAAAUUGGUACCGCUCCGGCGGGAAGGUAAACAGCAUUUCCGUGCACUGCUCUGGUUCGCCAGAAGCGGCUUAGUCAUGCUGGCCACAUGACCCGGAAGCUGUACGCCGACUCCCUCGGCCAAUAAAGCGAGAUGAGCGCCGCAACCCCAGAGUCGGCCACGACUGGACCUAAUGGUCAGGGGUCCCUUUACCUUUACCUUGGGCGAUUCCAAACCUAACCCUGAUUAUUCUUGCUCUCCUUCCCCACCCGGCUUGUGACCCCCCUCCCACCCCGCCGGCCAGGUUUCAUUCCGCUACCAUUGCCAGCUGUACUCCGAGUGGCGAAGGACCAAUCAGAAAGUCCGCCUGAUGAUCCCGGACUCGAGGAACCCGCACCCUGUCUCGCACUCGCUGCUCUCCGCCAAGCUCCUGAAGAAGAAGGCCGACGAGACGACCGUAUGAGCCAGGAGCGGCCCUCUGUAGGCGAGGGGGGCCCUCCCCUUGCACGGGGCGGGGGGCGGGGAGGAGGGAGAGAGAGAGAGAGGAGAGAGCGGGAUAGCACUUUCUCCCGCCCACAGCAGCAAAAGACUCGCCUAAACAAUCAGCCUGACCAAAGGGGGAAUCUUGCCACUUGCCCCGUUCCGCUGCGGCGAGAACACAGAACGACAACCGAGCCCCCCAGGGGUGUGUGCAAUGAGCCUGGCUGGUGGUGGGCCCUGUGCGCCCCCCGGCCAGGCUCCGUCUUCGAGACGAAACCUAGCAAAGGAGAAAGAGAGCCUCUCCCUAUAUCCAUAUAUCUAUAUUAUAUUACCAUAAUUAUUGUUGUUAUUAUUAUUAUAAUUUUGUCACUCUUCUUAAUUUCCACGCCUGGUGUUGUCGCUGUUGCUGCUGUUGCUGUUUGUGUCCAGGCCCCUUUUUUUAUGUCGUCCCAACAAACUUCCCCGCGAGAGAUGCGGAGAGGCCACCUGCCCGUUGCUGCUGCUUCGACACCCCACCACCACCACUUUGUCGGUUUCACCCGGUGGAGCAUUUGCUGUGGAGGUUUCUCGCCGCCGCCCGACUUCUCCUACGCAGCAACCGCUGCGGCUGCCGCAUUUCGGGGAAGGCUCGAGAAUCGAUGAGUCCUUAACCCCCAGCGGUUUAAUACCUGCUGUCCCUGUGGGUAGCAGCUGGGAAAUGUCUGAGGAAGCCAAGGGCACCUCUGCAAUAAAUAUCCACCCCGCGAAACACACCGGGUGUAUUUUCAAGAACUUGCAAUGACUUUCUAAGCUGUUAUGAAAAGAAGCGGGGGAAAAGCAAUGUGCAGAUCUGCUUGUCAUCUGAUUGCAUUUGGGAAUGAAUUGGUGCUCUUCCGAAGAACCGGAGGGUGGGAGGGAAGUUUCUUCCUCUUUUGCGCCCUUCUUUCCUCGGGGUCUCUCCAAGCCCCCUUUCCUGUUUUUGCACUACAUAGAUUUUUGGGGUGGGGGAGCGCCGAGCCCCCUCCCUCGUCCCCCCCUCCCUCUUGUUUCUUUGUCAGUGAAGUUUCUCUCCCCGGCCAGAGGAUUCUGUGCGUUUGAGAAUGGAUUUGAAGUAUAAUAAUCCCAGGAGGAGUAAAAAAAGAAAAAAAAUUGAACCAAUGUUGGGACUGGAGAAGUUUUUCUUUUUUUAAAAAAAAAGAAGGUUGCGACUGACUGAGUGGUAGUUUUUGAGAAGUCUCGGCAGCUCGUUGCUGUAAUAAUUUGUGCAACUCUCCGGCGUGGAAGGAAAGGUCUGUCCACGCUGGGGAAAGGGCUAAAAGUUUCUGAGCACUUGCUCCGUGAAGAGCAUACGGAAAGUUCAUUUUAAAGAGGAAUUGCUUCACGUUCACCCGCUCCGAAAAAGGAACCAGUUCGGUCCCUGUUCAAUGCACAGUUCAAUUCACAAUCCAUCCAUGUGGUUGGUCCUUAAUCUCCGCUGCCCCGCUUAUCUUCAGAAUUUUACAAUCAGCUCUGCUAAAGUAUAAAAGACACUUUGGAAAUUGAAAAGAAAAAAACAUCAAAACACAUAUCGUGUACAGUAAUAUGAACAGUUGAUUUAUUUACUUCCCCCCAGCAAUUAUAGUCUGUGGGUAAAACCUCAGCGCCUAGGACUAGCCGAUCGCAUGGUCGGCGGUUCGAAUUCCCGCGGCGGGGUGAGCUCCCGUCGUUCGGUCCCAGCUCCUGCCCACCUAGCAGUUCGAAAGCACCCUUAAGUGCAAGUAGAUAAAUAGGUACCGCUUUAUAGCGGGAAGGUAAACGGCGUUCCGUGUGCUGCUCUGGUGCCGGUUCGCCAGAGCAGCUUCGUCACGCUGGCCACGUGACCCGGAAGUGUCUGCGGACAGCUCUGGCUCCCGGCCUCUAGAGUGAGAUGAGCGCACAUCCCCUAGAGUCUGUCAAGACUGGCCCGUACGGGCAGGGGUAUCUUUACCUUAAGCUUAAACAGCAAUAUUUACUUUCCCCCAGUCUUUAAGCUUAAACAGCAAAGUCACUUUUCAGAGAGUUAAAAAUGGUAAAUGUAGUGACUGCAAUCAAACACAAGAGUUGAGUGCGGUGAAACCUAUUACUGCCAGCCUUACAACCUUAAAAAACCCACACGACACAUAGCUCCUUCUCUUGACACAUCUGUGUUGCACAGAGCCCAGGAUGGAUUUCUGCCUCCAUAGUCUGGGUCUUCUCUGUUCUUUCCUGAUUGCACAUUUUUUUCUUCAUCUUGAAAAAUCCCAUCAAUUAAAAAAACAGCACACAGAAUAGUGUCUUCAGUGGGGUGGAUGUAAAGGCACUUUUGCGGUUCGGCUGACCGUUGUGGCAGUCGGCUGACUUCCGCUGGGAAAAGGGCAGUUCUACUGAAGCAGGUCUCCAGUGUUCAGAACUAGGGGCAUAUUUGGGAUUCAUGGGAGACUUGGAAGCGAAGGAGCUUCGCAGACUUAAAAGACUGGCUCACGUCUUUAAAAGACCAGUCCUGAUCCCGUCUGCAGCCUCCCUUGUACUUUGUAGUGAAGUUUGGGCCAACUUUUGCCGUGUUUUUUAAGAAAUUAUGCUUACUUGUAUAUUAUCAUUAUUAUAAAAACAUAUAAACC